CAGCCCUGAAGUUUCACCGAGUAGCAGCCGCCGUAGUUCUAAUACUUCUCUUGAUUCACAAAGUAGCAAGAGUUCUAAGGUUUCACCAAAUAGCACAAGUUCAUCGAGUGGUGUUAGCAGCAUUUCAUCGAAAGUUGACCCUGAGCAGUAUGAUGCAACUUAUGGGCAACAAGAUUUAGUUAAUCAAACACAAGCAGGUAAUUAUAAUUAUCUUUUACAGUAUGCCGACGUAGGAGUUUUAGCACGUAUUGUACAAGGGCUAGACCCAGAAGCACAUGAAAUUGUUGGAUCAACUGAUCAAAUAACAAAACAGCUAAAUAGCUUUAAAAAUAACAUAGAGAAAAAUGAGGGAAGUAAAAGAUUAAUAUUCAUUGUCAAUAUACACAAUGGUCACUGGGUAACGUUGGCUGUCAAUCAUGAUGGCAAACAAUUUAAUGCCUAUUAUUAUGAUUCACUAAAUGGCAAAAAGCUUAGAUCAACGUUUACAAAGAUACUAAAAAAAGGGUUAGGUAUGAAUGAAAGUAAUAUAAGGUUUUUUAAUGAAAAAACUCAAGAUGAUGGUAGCAAUUGUGGAAUAUUUGCUGUAGAGGCAGCGAGUAGAAUCAACCAAAUGUUGAACAAAGGUAUAUCUUUUGAUGAUAUGGAUACAGUAUUAUUAGAAUUUAAACCAACAGCUAAUGAGUUUAAAGAGUUUAGAAAUCAACUUGCUGAAAUAUUAAGCACUGAUGAAGAAAGGUCUGAGUUUACUGUUACAGAUGUGUCUCAAAGCACAAGUUCCCAAUGUCAUAUACU